CACUAUUUCAGGAAGGAACCAAAAAUCUUCCUUUCCUCUGUUGUCUUUUCGAUUCACCACCGGCCAAACCAAACAGUCACAACACCACUAUCUCUUCCUUCAUUUCACACUUUGUAAGUUGAAGUACCCCUGUUUCCAACAUCUUUAUAAUAAGUCCACAUGUUCUUCCUUUCUCUCUCUCUCUCUCUCAUCUAAAAUAGGGACUCAAACUCAAAAAACAAAACAAAACCUUUCACCCUCAUGUAAUGGCUGAUUCCACCAAGUACAUUCCCAUAGGUGGCACAGGCACAACCCUCAACUCACACCUCAACACCCUCUUCCCCAUUCUCAAAGCCAGAAAAACACUCACUGUUGCUUAUUGCUUCACCUUUGCCUUUGUUGCUCUCACUGUUUUCCUUGCGUUUUGCCCCUCUCCAAACACCUCCUCUCCCUUCUUCACCAGCAUAUUCUCCUCCACUGCCACCACCGCUUCCUCUGCCAGCUCCUACAAGUCCCAACUCUCUUCCAUUUUCUCUUUCUUCUUCCCCAACACCACAAUUUCAUCAAGUGCUACUCUUCACACCGACACCACUAGAUCUAGCAAUAGCACUUCUCAAUCUCCUCAAACAAGUAAAAAGACAUUCAAAACCACCCCUUUUGAAAACCAAACUCAAACUACUCCUCCAACCAGAAGCAAGAUACCAAGUGAUCAUCACACUGCAAAACCACCUGAUCAUGUUGUAAAUAAGGAACCAUCGAGUGGUAACAAUCAUACCCAAGUUUCUGAUGAGGAUAAAGCUGUAAAGAAGACAAAUCAAUCUUCUAAUGGUGUUGGGCAUAGUCCGAAUAAGAAUUUGAGUUCUUUGGUGAAUGGAGGGGGCACAGAGAAGGGUGUUGGGCAUAGUAAUUACACGGUUUCUUGGUCGAAGAAGCAGAAGAAUGGGAGCAAUGAAACGGAUUCAAGGGUGAAGGAUGAAUUCAUGGAGUCUUUGAUCAAGUGUGAAUUUUUUGAUGGGGAAUGGAUCAAGGAGGAUUCAUAUCCUCUCUAUGAACCUGGUUCUUGCAAUAUUAUCGAUGAACAAUUCAAUUGUAUCCAAAAUGGAAGGCCUGAUAAAGCCUUUCAGAAAUAUAAGUGGAAGCCAAAGGGGUGCAGCCUCCCAAGGUUGGAUGGACAUCGAAUGCUGGAUAUGUUGAGAGGCAAGAGGCUUAUCUUUGUUGGUGAUUCCAUCAAUAGGAAUAUGUGGGAAUCUCUAAUUUGCAUCCUGAGAAACGCUGUGAAAGACAAAAGCAAAGUUUAUGAAGCAAAUGGAAGAGUCCAUUUCAGAGGAGAAGCCUCUUAUUCAUUCAUAUUCAAAGAUUAUAACUUCUCCGUGGAGCUUUUCGUAUCCCCUUUCUUAGUUCAGGAAUGGGAAGUUCAAGUCAAGAAUGGAACAAAGAAGGAAACACUUCGUCUUGAUUUAGUUGGUAAAUCUUCAGUUCAAUAUAAAAAUGCGGAUAUAAUCAUCUUCAACACUGGCCACUGGUGGACUCAUGAUAAAACUUCUAAAGGGAAGGACUAUUACCAAGAGGGUAGCCAUGUCUAUGAUGAACUGAAUGUUUUGGAGGCAUUUCGAAGGGCUAUAACAACUUGGAGUAGAUGGAUUGAUGCCAACAUAAAUCAAUCGAAGUCUAUGGUAUUCUUCAGAGGCUAUUCUGCUUCACAUUUCAGUGGGGGACAAUGGAAUUCUGGUGGACAAUGUGACAGUGAAACCGUGCCUAUCAAGAAUGAGAAGUACUUGAGGGAAUACCCCCCUAAGAUGAGGGUAUUGGAAAAGGUUUUGAAGAACAUGAAAGCCCAUGUCACCUACCUAAAUGUCACUAAAAUGACAGAUUUCAGAAAGGAUGGUCAUCCCUCGAUAUAUAGGAAGCAAAACCUAUCACCAGAAGAGAGGAAAUCUCCAUUGAGGUACCAAGACUGCAGCCACUGGUGCCUCCCUGGUGUUCCAGAUGCAUGGAAUGAGAUUCUUUAUGCCGAACUUCUGUUGAAACAGUAUCAGAAUCAGCAGAAGAGACCAUAGGUAAACAACAAGUCAUUUAUUUAGUUAUAUUCAAUGAGUUUAGCUGAAAGCAAGAACUAGAUGCAGUUAUUAUGUAUACCAUUUUUUUCCCUUCCAUAUAAGGAUAUGGAGAGGAACAAACCAUACAGGACAAGUUUUUCUAAUUUUGUAAAGAUUCAAAAGGUUAUGUUUAGUGAAACAAUAUAUAAGAGAAGUUCCUUGAUGAGACAUUAAUUUUUA